UUGCCCAUUAUUUCAAUUUGCAUGAAAAAAUAAAAGUCCAACGAAUCUCGACCCUUGGAUUACGAAACUUGUUUGACUUUCUCAUCCAUCCUUCUCUUUUAUAACGUGCUCUUGUUGCUCUUCUCUCUCCCUCAAACCAAAACCUCUUGUGUUUUCAAAUUCACGAUUUCCUUGCGUUGAAUGACAGUAGAUCUGGUAGGGUUUUCCAAGAUCAGGAUGGAAGAAGAGAUAGCCAUACAAGAAGCUGCUUCCGCUGGGUUGAAGAGCAUGGAGCAUUUAAUUCGCGUUCUUUCUUCUCAAGCCCCUUCUUCUUCUUCCUCUUCUUAUUCCUCUGUUUCGUCCACACAGAGUAAACUCCACCACCACAACCAUCUCCUCAAUCUCAAUCACCUUGACUGCUCAGAAAUCACAGACUUCACCGUCUCUAAGUUCAAGCAGGUUAUUAAUUUGUUGAAUCGCACCGGCCACGCUCGAUUUCGUCGCGCACCUUCUCAUCCUUCUCCCUCUGUUUCUGUUCCUUGUAAAUCUGAAAAAUUCAACCCUGUUAUUCAAAACCAACCCCAGUCAGUGACUCUUGACUUUGCCAAGCCCGUAUUGGUCAAAUCCAAUCCCAACCCAUCUACCGAUUUAGCAGUUUCUCAACACUCCAAGUCCAAGGACACCUAUAGCAUAUCCCCUCCCAUCUCCACCACCACCUCCUCCUUCAUGUCCUCCAUCACCGGUGACGGCAGCGUUUCCGACGGCAAGAUAGGCCCCUCCAUCCUCGCCGCCGCACCUGCCGUUUCCGUCGGCAAGCCUCCCCUGUCCUCAUCUCACCGGAAAAGGUGUCACGAUGCUACCUUCUCCGCCGGCGCAUCCGGAAAAGUCUCAUCCUCGGGCCAGUGCCACUGCUCCAAGAGAAGGAAAUCCCGUGUGAAACGAACGAUCCGAGUGCCGGCGAUAAGCUCGAAGAUUGCCGAUAUACCAGCAGACGAGUACUCAUGGAGAAAGUACGGUCAAAAACCCAUCAAGGGAUCACCUUACCCACGUGGGUAUUACAAGUGCAGCAGCGUGAGAGGAUGUCCAGCGAGGAAGCACGUGGAGCGAGCCCAAGAUGAUCCUAAUAUGCUCAUCGUCACUUACGAGGGAGAGCACCGUCACUCGCAGGCCCAAACCACGGGAGCCGCCGCCGGUUUUAACUCUCACCCGAUUUAAGCGACGGCGGCGAUCGGUUUGUAAUUGACGGGAUUGAAGUGGUAACCGUAGAUCGUAACAGUAGCGGAAAAGAAGGCAGAUUCCAAGAGAGAAAAAGAAGGAAAGUCAACUUUUGCUUUCUGGAUUGUGACUUUUGUGGACCUAAAGUAAAGAAAGAGUCGUCUACAAGUUGAUAAGGAUUUUCGUGUAAAUUCGAGACAGAAAAUUAAUGAAAUAUACGAGUUUUUUUUUUUGUUUU